GUCAAAAAUAAUGACUGAAAGAAGAUUGUCAUUUCUGUUAACCAAGUCAAUAUUUAUUUUGGAUUAAAAAUACAAUUUGCUUUUUAUUUAAUAAAGAAAUUACAAACUCGUCACAAUGAUUGAUGUUAAAGCUAAAAUUAGUUCGUUUUUUAUUUUUAACUCCAGUUUUGGACCACGGGAAGGCGAAGAGCUACAAAGGAUAUUAUACUUUUACCCUAGUCAGACCAGUGCUGAUUCACAGAAAAUGCAAGUCGGAUUAUGUGAAGCGGUUAUUAAAUUCAUGUCGACAUUCUCACAGAAGCCAUGUGAAGCUUUACGGACACAGACAAAAAAAUACAUUUUCUAUCAACCAGAAAAAGGAUAUUGGAUGGUUCUGGUUGUCAGAAUUCCAUACACAACAAAAGCGAUGUCAGCUAUUGGAGAGAGUAAGGGAACUGACUUUGUAAUCCCAUCUGUGAUGUUUGAUCUACUAAAGUCAUCAUAUAAAAUGUUCAGAAUGUUCAGAGGAUUGUUCAAAAACUUUUCUAUAGAAGAAAUAUAUUCAGUUUGUGACCAGUUCUUUACACCGUAUAUAUUAUCUAGAAAUAUAUCCAAUGAUGUGGCAGACGUCAUCCAGGGCAUCAACUAUCUGCCUCUGGACAAGAACUCAUUCUUCAAAGUUUUAUGCUUCAUUGACUUAUUAGAACUCAAUUAUCCACAAUUCAAAUGUAUUUCAUUUAUCUACAAUGAACAACUUAUUUGGAACGGGUUAGAUACAGAUGACAUGUUAACCUUAUACCAAUAUUUGGUACAGUCAUUACUACCAAAAGAAGUGGAAAAGGAAAUCCAUGGAGGUGCUGUGGCUGCUGCCCAGAGACAUGGUCGAUUCAUCUAUCCUCCUGAAGGGAACCAGGAAGAGAAACUAAUGAAAGUUUAUUUGAAGCGAGAAGAGGAUUCGGAGGCAAAGCAGUAUUAUUUAGUUGUUUACAGAACUAUGAGCGCCACUAUCUGUUUGACUGUUGAUGUAAAUGUGGAAGUACAGCCAGAGAUGUUGAGAUCGUUAGACGCAUUUAUUGGACCCCAGUUGUCAACGAUAGCCUCGACUAUUGGUGAACAGUGCACAAUACAUGCACUCCAAACAGCACAGCUUUUAUCAGAACACAAGUUUGUGUACUUCAAUAGGCUGAAUCUCGCAUUUAAAACUUCCCCGUCUGUGACCAAACUGCACCCUUCUACUGCUGUAAAGCCUGAAGUCCUAAGUAUUAUAGCAGAUAUACACACUGAUAAGAAAAGGUAUGUACACCUUGGAAACUAUGGAGAAAUUAUCAUCAAAACCCCAGAUGAAUAUUGGAUUACAGGAAAGUCUUCUAAUGACAGAGAAUUUUAUGUAAUUAUCCAAGAAAAAAAUGCUAAUCUCAAAGAAAUAGCAGAUGAAGUAAGGCGGAUAUGUGAAACCCAAAUGAAAGGCAUAUUUUUUUAUCCAAUGUAAAUAUCAUAAUUGUAAACCAAUACUGAAUGAAUCAUUCCUUAUCUGUAUUGUCUGGCAACAGCACAGGACAUGAGUUUAUAUAAAACAAAUGGAUAAUAUUCCAUGAUGAUAAAAUUUCCUAUUUUAAUUUGUAAAUCAAUAGAGUUCAAAUUAAUAUUUCAUUAUAUCAUUUAUUGUUGUACUGUUAAAAUAAAACAAACAUGGUGUUAUUAUAA